AUGCCCGUGAGCGACAUUCGUACUCCUCGACUAUCUCAUCCCCUCCCAGCGAUCGUGAACACGGCAGAACCACCUCGCCCAACACCCACCGCUACUACCGAACGCCCGUCCUCACUCACCGAUACCUUCGCCUCUAUCUACCAGAAAGAUGCGCAGCGCCUCGGAUACCGCCUCCCCCAUCCAUCUGGCAUCGAGCCCGACCCAUCCAAGAAAGAGUACUGCACACACUGGAUCAAGACAGGCGAAUGCGACUGGACAGCCAUCGGAUGCAAGUUCAAGCACGAAAUGCCCGGCAUCGAGAAACUCCGUGAACUAGGCUUCGUCAGAGGUAUACCGAAGUGGUGGAAGGAGAAAUCUGCUAUCGGUCCCAGGCCGCCUACUUGGAUGCAGCGAAGGCUAGCGGCGAAUGAUGAUGCAGAGCAGGAUGGUGCGAUGCCGGAAGCAAAAGUGUUUCCCGACCCUUCGACAUUUCGAACGAGGAGGAGUGAAGAGCGUGAUCUACUUGGUGACGACGUACAGCAGCCGCGUGGUAUCUUCAAGAGGAACUCAUCUCCCAAGCAGACUACAUCAGGACGACUGACCCCUCCACCAGCGCCAGUCCAGGAAUCUAUGCGCCGUGCCAGCCAAGUAUCAGAUCUGCUCAUCGAUCUUGACGAUACUCCUGCGCCUCCACCUAGCCCUGAGUCAUCUCGCGCUUCGGAAGGCAGUACAGGAUCCAGUGAGAUGCAGAUCCCCUCCAGUCGCCCCUCUACCUCGCCACCUUCGUCGCCCAGCAUCGAGUGUAAGACCUCGUCACCGAUCGAUAGCAAACCACCCCCAAAGGCUGUCGCUACCAAGAAGACGUCAAACAAAGACGCCACCACCCGGCGCCACUCCCAGCUCUCAUGGGCUUCUGAUACCGAAGAUGACACCCCCGCUCCCACUAAGCUCACACCCAAACCCUCUCGACCAACCCAACAACGACGCAGACCCGCUCCUCGCGGCGAUAGCAGACGUGCCGCUACAACUUCCACGACCUCGACUCCGACUAAGCAUUCCGGUCUUGCAGCUUCUAAGCACGCAACCAAUGAUUACGUUGUAAAUAACAGUGCAAGCCACGGCAGGAAUGCGAACCGUAAGAUUCACGGUAAACAUGUGGAAGAUGCUGGCGUACCAGAGCUACAUGCCAAGAUUGAGCAGUUAAGGAGGGAGGCGCAUCAGAAGGAGAGGGUGAGGAAGGGUGCUGUGAUGGCGGCACCUGCAGCUGGCAGACGAACAGCUGUGUGA